GCCACUGUCGCAUAUCUUCUUGGUUUAUGGACUAUUAAUCCAGAUGAGGAAUAUAAGCAACCAUCGGAGCCGCCAGAAGGAGCAAGAAUCCGAAGAGAAGUAAGAAUCCACUAUGGUCUUAUCGCAUCCGGGAACAAAGUUAUCAAAGAUGUUCACUCCCGAGACUCUAUCGACAAAGCAUUCGGUGGGCAUGUGCUAUGCUUGGAAAUGGAGGCAGCUGGGCUCAUGAAUGACUUUCCAUGUGUUGUUAUCCGAGGUAUAUGUGACUACGCAGACUCGACAAAAAACAAAACCUGGCAAAACUAUGCGGCAACUGUGGCCGCUGCAUAUGCAAAGGAAUUUUUGGGAUGCAUUCAGCCUAGUGUUAUUGAUACCGAGGUGUCAGCAAGAGCUAUAUUGGAAAAGGACGCAAGAAGCACAAGACACACUUAGUAUAAUUCAGUCUCAAUUCAACCAAACAAUCGGUUGGCAAAAUCUGAGGGUUGUCCAAGAUGCAUUGUUUGACUCUCAUGGAAAUCAGCAUGAAGAAUGUCUCCCCGGAACCCGAACCAAUUUACUCAACGAAGUCGAAACUUGGGUUGAAUCGAUAGAUGGGAAGUGUAUCUUCUGGUUGAAUGGUAUAGCUGGAACAGGAAAAUCAACUAUCGCUCAAACACUUGCAAGAAAUCUUGAUAAGAAAGGAGAACUUGGUGCCUCAUUCUUCUUUAAGAAAGGUGAAGCAGACCGUGCGACCGCAAGAUAUCUGAUUUCAACAAUUAUUGGACAACUAGUGAAGCACUAUCCAAAGCUAGCACCAGGUGUUCUCAAAGCGGUCAAGGAAAAGCCAGAUAUUUCCUUCAAAUCACUUCAGCAGCAAUUUAAUGACUUGCUCCUUAGCCCACUACUUACUUUACAUUCAGCAAAACCUACAACUGUUGUUGUUGUGAUCGAUGCGUUAGACGAAUGCGACCAAGAGGAUGAUAUCAAAUUGAUCAUCCGGCUUCUACCAGCACUUCAGCAGUCUCAGGCAGUACGUCCUCGAAUAUUUCUGACUAGUCGAUCCGAGCUCCUUAUUCGCCUAGGCUUCAAGGAAAACGAGCAUCACCAAGACUUGAUCCUCUAUAAGCUGCCAGAGCCCGUAACUGAACACGAUAUUCGGUUAUUCCUAAAAUAUGAAUUUACCCAAAUCUGGAGGCAUCCAUCCUCCCUGCAAUGCUCACUUUCACCGGUUUCGCCCGGAGAUGACAACUUUGAGAAACUGGUAACUAUGGCAGUUCCCUUGUUCAUCAUUGCCGCCACAAUUUGUUGUUUUCUUGAAGAUGGAUACAAGCUUCCGGACGAGCGUCUCAGAUCCGUUCUUGAAGACAGAGCCAUGAUAUCAAGAUCUGAUAUGCAGAUGAUAUGUCAAAAGAUCUUAGAUCGACAUCAUGCUUCCAGGAGUCAGAAUAAACUUAUAGAAAUCUUGCAAGAUUCUUAUAGUAUCAUUGGAAUCAUUAUUCUUCUCGCUACUCCACUUUCAGUCAGAGCUGCUGCUCGGCUAAAAGAAAUACCCGAUACGAAAAUCAUCAGUCAACUGCAAAGAUUUCACUCUACUCUUGAUACAUCGGCAAAUCUCGAGGCACCGGUUCAAAUUCUGCGUUUAUCAUUCGAGGAUCAUCUCUUGAAAACAACAGAAAAGAGACUUUUCAUCGAUAAUCAAGAGAUACAUGGGGAAAUAGCAUCAUACUGUCUCCGGCUUAUGAAAGCCAAGCUCAAAGAGAAUAUCUGUGAGCUGGAGAGUUACGGAAUACAGUAUAAGAAUAUCAGACUUCAGAUUAUCAAGAAAUAUCUUACUUUGGAUAUACAAUACGCUUGUUUUUUCUGGCUUCGACACCUUAAACAGAGCAAAGAUAAGAUCUCUAACUCUGAUAUUCUCUCUUUUCUCCAGGAGCACCUUCUUCACUGGUUGGAGGUACUAGCUCUCAUAGGAGAAAUAUCAGAAGCAUUGGGAUUGAUAAAUAUCUUGAACUCAAGAGUGCAUUCAAGUUCUGAGCUUGCAGGUUUUCUUUACGACGCAGAAAGGUUCAUUCGUCAAAAUAGCUAUAUCGCAGGAAUUGCUCCACUACAACUCUACCGUGCUGGACUUGUCUUCGCACCUACGAAAAGUGUUAUAAAGAAGAUCUUCUACGACAAGAACAUGCAUCAAUUAAUAGAUUUAACGGCAGUGGAAGACUCAUGGAGCUCUAACCUACAGACACUUGAGGGUCAUUCUAAAGUGGUCGGCUCCGUGGCCUUCUCACCGAACGGCUGCAUAUUAGCAACAGGCUCAACUGAUCAUACUAUCAAACUCUGGGAUACAGCUACAGGUAUCGAGAAGCGGAUGUUAUCUGGCCACUCUAACUGGGUCUUUUCUGUGGCAUUUUCACCAGAUAGCUACAUACUCGCAACAGGCUCACGUGAUCAUACUAUUAAGCUCUGGAAUACAACUACAGAUACUGAACAGUAUACACUAGCCGGCCACUCUGGUCCAGUCUACUCUAUAGCUUUCUUACCAGAUAGCUGUAUACUGGCAACAGGCUCAAGUGACUGUACUAUCAAACUCUGGGAUACAGCCAAACGUGUUGAAUUAGACACGCUUACUGGCCACUCUGGUCCAGUAUACUCUGUGGCUUGCUCACCAGAUGGCUGUUUACUAGCAACAGGCUCAAGUGACCGUACUAUCAAACUCUGGGACACAUCUAAGCGUGUUGAGCUAUAUACACUUACUGGCCACUCUGGCCUAGUCCGCUCUGUGGCUUUUUCACCAGAUGGCUGUAUACUGGCAUCAGGCUCAAGUGACUGUACUAUCAAGCUCUGGCGUAUAGCCCAAGGAGUUGAGCAUUCUGGCCCAGUCCGCUCUGCGGUUGCAACAGGCUCAUAUAAUCGCACAAUCAAGCUCAGCAAUUUAGCAGCGGGCUUCAAGCAGCACACACUAACGGGCCACUCUAGCCAGGUUUUAUCUGUGGCGUUCUCACCGGACGGCUGUAUGCUAGCAACAGGCUCACGCGACUUUACUGUUAAGCUCUGGAAGACAGCUACAGGCGUUGAGCAGUACACGCUGACUGGCCACUCUGGUCCAAUCCGCUCCCUGGCCUUCUCGCCUUUGUUACAUAGCCACCUGCUGGUAACAGGCUCAGAUGACCAGACUACCAAGCUCUGGGACAUAGCCAGAGGUGUUAAGCAGUGUAAACUAAACAGUCACUCUGGCCCAGUUCUUUCUAUGGCCUUUUCACCUAACGGCCGCAUUCUAGCAACAGGCUCGAGUGAUUAUACUAUUAAGCUCUGGAAUACAGCUACAGGUACUGAGAUUUAUACAUUAACUGGCCACUCCGGCCGGGUUUCUUUGGUAGUCUUCUCACCAGACAGCUGUGUAUUAGCAACAGGCUCGCAUGAUCACAAUGUCAAGGUAUGGGAUACAACUACGGGUAUCAUACGGUACACACUCAGCUACUCAAGUCUAGUCCGCUCUAUAGCCUUCUCGCCAGACGGCUAUAUACUAGUCACGAAGUCAAGCGACCACCAGACUAUCAAACUCUGGGACGCGGCCACAGGAGUUGAACAGCACACGCAGACCGGCCAUUCUAGAUUGCUCUCUUCAAUCCUCAACAAACCUAGGUUCAAUUCUCAUUUAUCUAUCGAAGAUUCUUGGAUAUCUUUACGAGGUGAAAGAGUCCUGUGGCUAACUGCUGAAUAUCGCUCGUUUACAAGUUAUGCUGUGAAGGAUAAUACAGUUGCCCUUGGAUUUCGGAACGGGCGUUGUCAUGUACUACAUUUCAAUUUUUUAUGAAUAAAGCAGGUUAAUAUAUUUUUUACUAUUCUCUCC